CCUUUAGGAUAGAAGGAAUCAUCCACUUUGCCCAAAUACUCGUCAUAUCAAGCCUUUAAAAGCGUCAGGCUGAAAGGUGUACAUGCCUUCUGUUUUGAGAGAGGGAAAAAAAAAAGUGGAGAUAUAAAAACGUAGAGCAACUGAUUCCUGAGACAGUUCUCAUAACCUGAAGAUACCACCUUUGCACAGCUGUGUUUCUUCAUAUUUUAACUUUGCCUCCCUCUCCUGAGCAUGUUUACCCUUGCUGUGAAAGCUGCAAUCCCUGCUAAUCACUCUUACUCUUUGGGGCUGUGGUGACACUAACAAGCCACUCACAACAACUUAAAUUGUUGCUGGCAUAAUCAAUGUUUUAAGCAAAUAUUGGUUUAAAGAACGUGCCUCUCCUGUUAGCGUUGUGGUUGUUGGAAAGAACAGUUGGUUAUCUUUUAAAUAGUGAACACUGCUGAUAUGCUCUCCUUCAAAAUGUUACAUUGAUAACUGAGGAGUCAGAAGCCAAGUAUCAGAAUACAGUAGUGAUCCACAGUUGGUAAUGUUUUUUUAAAAGGAUAAUGUUUGCGGUGUAACUUAAAGGCAGAACAGGUUAAGUGCUCAGAAAGAAGCAUAUAAUGAUAGAAAAAAAAAAAAGCACAGGACUGACAUACGUUUCUGAAAAUUUGUGGCAGGCCUCACUGUCAAAUUUAGCGUUGCUGCAUGAUCUGUCUUUUUUGGGAGAACAGUUGAUCAAAAGACGUCUCCGCUCCAAACCUUCUUAUUAUCUGUUUAAGAGCCUCUUUGUUAAACAGUUAAUGUAUAACUAAGGCAUUAGCACUUUAUUUGGGCGAGCAGUGGAAAGAGAGACUGUUGGAGUAGUGUUUCUUGAGUGCAUCUGGACUCUGCUGCAGCUCUACUGUUGCAUGUUUUCCAGUGUUCCAUGUGGAAGCCAGGAAGCCUGAAGGAGGCUGUAAAAGCUAGGGGAAUGAUUCUCUGCGUCUCUGCAACUAUGUUGGUUGACUGCUGAUGGCAUGGUGAAAUGUGUUGAGCAGCCGCCGCGAGGGUGUCCGACUGCCAGGGGACUGCUCUAGAAGCUGGGCUUGCAACAUCAUGGGCCAGUGUGUCACGAAGUGCAAGAACCCUUCUUCUACCCUUGGCAGCAAGAACGGGGAAAGAGAAACUGGCAGCAAGUCGCACAGUAAAAGAAGUGCAGUCCACAAAGACGACCAUGCUUCGGUUUGUGGGAAGUCUUCAGGGGAUAUACUUGUCAAUGGGACGAAGAAAACGGACGCCGCUGUAGAGUCUAGCCAGCCUCCAACGUUUUCUGGGGAUACAAAGAAAGACGCUGUUUCCAGUGCGGAAGAGUCUUCGCUCCAAAGGAUUGGGGAGUUGUUUAGGCGGUAUAAGGAUGAACGUGAAGAUGCUAUACUGGAAGAAGGAAUGGAACGAUUUUGCAAUGACCUCUGUGUUGAUCCGACUGAGUUUAAAGUGCUAGUUUUGGCUUGGAAAUUCCAGGCUGCUACCAUGUGCAAAUUUACAAGGAAGGAGUUUUUUGAAGGCUGCAAAGCAAUAAAUGCAGACAGCAUCGAUGGCAUUUGUGCAAGGUUCCCCAGCCUCUUAAAUGAAGCCAAGCAGGAAGAUAAAUUCAAGGAUCUCUAUCGUUUCACCUUUCAGUUCGGCCUGGACUCUGAAGAAGGACAGCGGUCGCUACAUCGGGAAAUAGCCAUUGCCCUUUGGAAGUUGGUCUUCACCCAAAACAAACCCCCUAUUUUGGACCAGUGGUUACACUUCCUAAUCGAGAACCCCUCAGGAAUCAAGGGAAUCUCCCGGGACACGUGGAACAUGUUUCUAAAUUUUACUCAGGUGAUUGGACCAGACCUUAGCAACUAUAGCGAAGACGAGGCCUGGCCUAGUCUCUUCGAUACCUUUGUGGAAUGGGAAAUGGAGCGAAGGAAAAAGGAAGAGGAAACCAAAUGUAUUAUUGCAUCUUCAGACACAGAGGGGCUGUGUACGGAAGAACAGACUUAACAGCAUUUCAGCAGCAGUGACAAAAGCAACCUGUUGCCCUUCAUGAAAUGUAAACUCUGGAUGUUUCUGGAAAUUGCCGAGGCUCCAGAUUUUUCUACUUUACACCUUUUUCUGCCUUGUAUUUGAAAGGGCUCUAAAAUGCUGUAUCAUGUUUUAGGCACUUUCUUAACUUUGGUUAUUCCUUUUACUCUUGCCCUGAAAUAUUUGGCCCUGGCUACAAGUUAAGCAUUUUUGGGGUUUUUUUUUAAGACUUCAGAUUAGUAUAAGUAAGUCUGAUGUUUCUUGCACAAUGUAGAUCUUUUUAGUUAGGUUAAAUUAACAUUGCUAAAUUAUACAGUGCCAGAUUAAGUUUUUCAUACUACAUCUGUCAGGGCAGGUCUGUACUGUGUGUAGUGCUGUUUACAUUGUUGAAAUUUUAGGCUGUAAUAAUUUUAAGGUUUUAUACCAAGAUGAAAAGCAGUGUUAGCUGUUAACGAUAAAUGCAUUAAUCCCCUGGUAAUAAGGCUCUAAAAACAACAUCAGCAACAGCUUUUUGUGAUAUGGCUAAUUCCCAUUUUACGCUAACUCUUAGCGAGUGAGUCCAAAUCGUUCCUUUUUUUCAGAGAUCAAACUAAAUGUUGGGAUUGUUUUAUAAAACUACUGUACCUGUCAGUCAACUGAGUAGUAGAUGAUGAUUUGUAUCUAAAUCUCUUAUACACCACAUAAUAGAAGAGCGAGCAGUACUACCUCAGUUUUACUGAAAGCGGACUUCUUGAUGGACUUCCAUUUUUCUCUGGAAGUUGUAUUUUUGUGGUUACAUGACAAUAUUUUUACUUGAUUAAAGGAACCAAAGGUUCUGCUUCUUAAGUUUGCUAAACGUUAGCAGAAGCAACAAAUAAACCCUAAGUCUUCAAGGAAAACUGUGGUAUAAUUCUGCUUUAAUAUGUUUGAUUUAUACCUAAAGUAUUAUCUUACUUGUCUGGCAAGCACAGUACUUCUAUGUAAGGAACUAUCUUUUACAUUAAUAUUGACAAACCAAUUUUUUUAAACCUACGUUUAAUUGCUAAAUUGCAGUUAAUACUCCACACUUUCUGGAGCAGCAAUAUUGGCAUCUGAUGACAAAGUGAAUUCUUAAUGUGCUCUUAAUGACAAAAGUGUAGAUGCAUCAUUUUUAGACUGAUUUGAUAAUAUUUGGAUAGGAGUCGAUUUAUUAUUUUAAAAUGCCUGUAUUGGGACUAUUUGCCUGUUGAAACUGUUGUGACUUAAAGGGAGUUUUAUUAACACUGGUUGAAACUUU